UCUCCUCCUCUAACUGCCAAUCACUCGAAUUUGAGUUGUCUACAAUGGCCACCCUGCAGAAGUCUGUGAGCGCCUCCCUCAUGGGGACUCUGGCUGCCAUCUGCUUCCUGUUCAUUGCCCUGUCGGUGAAGGGAGGGGAAGCUGUGCCCAUCAGUUUCCACUGCAGACUGGACAAGGCCAACUUCCAGCAGCCCUAUAUCACCAACCGCACCUUCAUGCUGGCUAAGGAGGCCAGUUUGGCAGAUAACAACACUGAUGUUCGUCUCAUUGGGGAGAAACUGUUCCAUGGAGUUCAUAUGAGUGAGCGCUGCUAUCUGAUGAAGCAGGUGUUGAACUUUACCCUUAAAGAAGUGCUGCUCCCCCAGUCAGAUAGAUUCCAGCCCUAUAUGCAGGAGGUGGUGCCCUUCUUGGCCCGACUCAGCAACAAGCUAAGCCAAUGUAAUGUUCAGGGUGAUGACCAGCAUAUUCAGAGAAACGUGCAAAAGCUGGAGGACACAGUGAAAAAGCUUGGAGAGAGUGGAGAGAUUAAAGUAAUUGGAGAACUGGGUUUGCUGUUCAUGGCCCUGAGAAAUGCCUGUGUUUGACCAGAACAAAGCUGGAAAAGGAAUAAUGAACGCUUCUUGCCAGUUAGAAAUAAUAAUAAGAUGCAC